AUGAGCAGUACUGACACUUAUGUGGAACUGCGAACCCUUGGGAAAUACUAUUCCACGCUAAUAUGGAAUUUAUCAAACAAUCGUGCAUUUGCAUUUUCUCUAUGUACAAUAAUAGCUAUGGUCAUUGGUAUAUUAGUAGUUUGUUUUAAAAUACCAAAACCAUCCGGUCAACAAUGUGAACUCAAAUUUAAAAUCUCCGACAACAAUCUCGUUGAAUUCAAUAGUGCUCCACGAUUUGUUUCUGUGGGAGAUUUUAAUAACGAUGGUCGACUAGAUAUUGUCGUUACAAAUGUUGCCGGAAAUAAUAUAAAAGUAUUUCUCGGAUAUGGAGACGGAAACUUUGAAAAUCCAGUCAUUUAUUCAACUGGUCCUGAUUCAAAACCAUACUCAUUAGCAGUAGCUGACAUUAAUAAUGAUACUAUACUAGAUAUUGUUGUAGCAAAUUUUGGAAUUCAUAGCAUUGGGAUUUUUUGUGGCUUUGGCAAUGGGUCUUUCGCUUCCCCAACAUCGAUUUCCACCGGCAUAUCGCGUCCUUAUCGAGUUACUGUAAAUGAUUUUAACAAUGAUCAAAUCUUAGAUAUUAUCGUUGUUAACUAUGGUGAACAGAGUGUUAGCAUAUGGUAUGGACUUGGAAAUGUAAAGUUUUCGAAUCCAAAUGAAAUUUUAACAGGUUAUGACUCUUUACCCUCUGAUGCAAUUGUUGGAGAUUUCAACAAUGAUUCUCGAGCGGAUCUUUUGGUUGUUAACUCCGGAACAAAUAAUAUAGGAAUACUGCUUAGCAAUCACAAUGGAACAUUUCAAACAUUAACAUUAUAUUCAACGGGUUCUAAUUCACAUCCUAGUUCAGUUGUGAUCGGCUAUUUAAAUGGCGAUACUAUACUCGAUAUCGCCAUCGCAAAUUAUGGUUCUAAGAACAUAGGUAUAUUUCUCGGCUAUGGGAAUGGAACUUUUUCACGACAAACAGUUUACUCACUCGGUACUGUUUAUCCACAUAUGAUUAGCAUUGGCGACUUUAAUAAAGACAAUCGAUUAGAUUUAGUUGUUAGUAGUAAUGGUACUAAUACUCUAGAUAUACUUCUUGGAUAUGGUGACGGUACGUUUCUAACACCAAUCAAGUAUUCAAGUGGAUCGUUCAAUUCUCCAUCACUUGCUAUAGGCGAUUUUAACAAUGAUGAUCGACUGGACAUUUCUAUUGUGAACGAUGAUAGUCAAAGCGUUGAUAUCCUUCUUGGAUAUUAUCAAGGCUUUCAAAACAGGUCCACAUAUUCAGCUGGUAAUAACCCGUUUUCUGUAGCUACCGGUGAUUUCAAUAACGACUUACAACUUGACGUCGUCGUCGUUAACCAAGGAAGCAACAAUAUAGGCGUUUUUCUUGGAUAUACUAAUGGGAUUUUUCAGGAUCAAAUGACUUAUUCAGUUGGUGAUUAUCCAACGGGUGUAGCAAUUGGUGACCUAAAUAAUGAUUCUCGGUUGGAUAUUGUGGUCACGAAUGGAAAUGAUAACAGCUUAAGUCUACUUUUCGGAUAUGGUAAUGGCAGUUUUCGAGAGCAAGUAACCUAUCCAACGGGUAGUAGCCCAUCAGGUGUGACUAUUGGUGAUUUCAACAAAGAUUUUCGAUUGGAUAUUGCCGUCUCUAAUUAUGACAGCGGUAAUGUAAAGAUUUAUUUCGGAAAUGGAAAUGGUAGCUUUACUGAUCAAAUUACCUAUCCGGCAGAAGUUGGUGUAUCCAGUGUUACUACUAGUGAUCUUAACAAUGACUCUUCGUUAGACAUUGUUGUCACUAAUGUUCUUAAAAACUAUGUCGGCAUAUUUCUUGGUUAUGGUAAUGGUAGUUUCUAUGCUCAAGUAACGUAUUCUACUGGCAGCGGUACAUCCAGUGCAGUUGUUGCUGAUUUCAACAAUGAUUUUCGCCUGGACAUUGUCGUAGUCAAUCAUGGAGAUGAUAAUAUGGGUAUACUUCUCGGAUGCGGCAAUGGUAGUUUUACUGCUCAAGUAACCUACUCAACUGAUACUUAUCCAGUAAGUGUAGCUGUUAGUGAUUUUAACAAUGACUCUCGACUUGACGUUGUUGUUAGUAAUGCCAUGACUCAUAAUAUAGAUGUCUUUCUGGGAUAUGGUAAUGGUACGUUUUCGAUUCAAGCAACUUAUUCAACGGGUGCUUAUUCUGGUCCAUAUUCAGUGACUGUGGGCGAUUUCAAUAAUGAUUAUCGUAUAGAUAUUGCUAUUGCUAAUUAUUAUGCCAACAAUGUACUAAUUAUGCUUCAAUAUAAUAUUGGAGCUGUCAAACAUCAAACGACGAUUACACUUAGUACUGAUUCUGAUCUACGAUAUGUUGCUAUUCAGGAUCUUAAUAAUGAUACAAAGUUAGAUAUUGUUUAUGCUGCUUUCGGUAGUAGUACUGUGGGCAUUCUUUUCGGAAAUGGAAAUGGCAGUUUUGCAAUUCUGACUAGAUACUCCACUAGUGCUCGUCCAAAUUCGCUAGCGAUAGAUUAUUUUAAUAAUGAUAACUACAUAGAUAUCGCUCUAACGAACAGUGAAAACAAAAAUAUUGUUUUACUUCGUGGAAAGGGAAAUGGAACGUUUAUGGUUGAGAUGAAUGUAGGAGGAACUUAUUUUGGUACUACACCGUUAGUGCUUGCAAGCGGUGAUUUGAACAAUGAUGGACGAUCGGAACUUCUUGUUGGCUGUGAUAAUAGUAGUAUUGUACAUAUACUUACUGCAUAUGACUUCGGAUCUUUUAACGAUCAAACAACUUAUUCAAUCAGGAACUCUCCACGUUCUGUCGCUCUUGCUGAUUUUAACAACGAUUCUAAACUGGAUAUCGCUGUUAUGGAUGAUGUCGCCAAUGUGGUUAUAUUCCUGGGAUAUGGUAAUGGAAGCUUUGCUGAACAAACAACCUAUUCCGUGGGCGCUAAUCCAUUCAGCAUAGCUGUUGGUGAUUUCAAUAAUGAUUUUCGUAUAGACAUCGCCGUUGCUAAUGCAGGUACUCAUACUGUAGGUGUACUUCUCGGUUAUGGUAAUGGUAGUUUUGCUAAUCAACUAUCAUUUGCAGUCGGUCAUGGUCCGUCAAGUAUAGCUAUUGAUGAUUUCAAUAGAGACUCUCGAAUGGAUAUUAUUGUCACUAAUUCCGAAGACAAUACUGUAAGUAUACUUCUUGGAUAUGGUAAUGGGAGUUUUGCUGGUCAGAUGGCUUACUCAACAGGAAUUCGUCCAACGAGUGUGGCUAUUGGUGAUUUUAAUGGAGAUUCUCGAUUGGAUAUUGUUGUUGCUAAUGGAGGAGACCAAAAUGUGGGUCUACUUUUCGGAUAUGGUAAUGGCAGUUAUUCUAAUCAACUGACUUAUUCAGUUGGAUCUUUACCAUACAGUGUGACUGUUGGCGAUCUCAACAAUGAUUCUCGAUUAGAUAUUGUGGUUGCCAACUAUGGCAGUAAUAACAUAAACAUACUACUCGGAUAUGGCAAUGGCAGUUUUCAUCAAAAAGCGUCCUAUCCAGUUGGAAGUACUCCGUCUAGUGUAAUUAUAGCCGAUAUAAAUCAAGAUUCACGAUUAGAUAUUAUUGUUGCUAAUUAUGGAAGCAAUACUAUAGGAGUCCUUCUUGGCUAUGGAAAUGGUAGUUACGUUGAACAAGUAACUUAUACAACCGGUUCUUUGCCGCAGGACGUAGCCGUUGGUGAUCUUAACAAUGACUUUCGACUUGAUAUUGUUGUCGCGAACGAACGCAGUCAUGAUAUCGGUAUAUUCAUAGGAAACGUAGCACUAGCAUUUGUGGAACAAAUGACACUAAGAACUUCACAAGCAUCUACACCACAAUCCUUUGCCAUUAAAGACUUUAACAAUGAUAAUCAAACAGAUAUUGGAAUUGCUUAUUCGGAUAGUGGCACGAUAGCUAUAUUCUUUGGAUAUGGUGAUAUUUCUUUCACACAACCGACAAUAUAUUCAACCGGUACUUCUUCAUUUCCACGUUUUAUUUCGACUGCUGAUGUCAAUGAGGAUACUCGAUUGGAUAUCAUUGUGGCUAAUUGUGGUACUAGCAAUAUCGGCGUUUUUCUCGGAUACGGAAAUGGUACGUUUUCGAAUCCAUUACUAUCGUCGACAGGUGAUGUUUCUUGUCCAUUCUCUAUGGCUGUUGAUGACUUUAACAAUGAUGAUAUACUGGACAUUUUAAUUGCUGAUCGCGAUCAGAAUAAAGUUGGUCUGUUUGUUGGACAUGGUAAUGGUUACUUCUCUUAUCGAAUCGUGUUAUCCAACAAUUAUGGUUCUUUUCCUUUUUCUGUUCUUAGGCCUCAGAUACACUAUGGAAAAUAA